AUGGCCCAACCCCACAAAAUCCUUGUCUUACCCGGUGAUGGCAUCGGUCCCGAAGUAAUGGCCGAAGCCAUCAAGGUGCUCAAGGCCUUCGAAACACCACAGCGGAAAUUUGAGCUGCGCCAGGAACUGAUAGGAGGCUGCAGCAUUGAUGCCACCGGGAAAUCAGUCACAGAAGAAGUAAAGCAAGCAGCUCUCGCCUCAGAUGCCGUGCUUUUCGCAGCAGUAGGUGGUCCUAAAUGGGAUAACGCACGCCGAGGGCUCGACGGGCCUGAAGGUGGGCUUCUACAGCUACGUAAGGCAAUGGAUAUCUACGCCAAUCUUCGACCCUGCUCGGCUGAUUCUCCGAGUUCUUCCAUUGCUAAGGAGUUCAGUCCCUUCCGAGAGGAGAUUAUAGAGGGGGUAGAUUUUGUAGUUGUACGGGAGAAUUGCGGUGGGGCUUAUUUUGGGCGAAAGGUGGAGGAUCCUACUUACGCCAUGGACGAAUGGGGUUACAGUGAAGCUGAGAUCCAACGGGUGACUCGUCUAUCUGCGGAGAUUGCCCUGCGCCAUAAUCCCCCAUGGCCAGUAAUCUCGCUCGAUAAGGCAAAUGUGCUCGCUUCUUCUAGACUCUGGAGACGAGUCGUCGAGAAGACCAUGAUGACGGAAUACCCACAACUCAAGCUAGCGCACCAGUUAGCAGACUCAGCCUCAUUAAUCAUGGCAACAAACCCACGUGCUCUGAAUGGAGUCAUUCUUGCAGAUAACACAUUUGGAGAUAUGCUAUCUGACCAAGCAGGCUCUAUUGUGGGAACUCUGGGAGUUCUGCCUAGUGCCAGCUUGAAUGGGCUCCCAGGAGAUCAGAUGCUGAAGACACGACCAUAUGGGCUAUAUGAGCCUACCCAUGGAUCUGCACCAGACAUUGCUGGGCGAAAUAUUGCCAACCCAGUGGCCAUGAUUUUGUGUGUGGCUUUGAUGUUUCGCUAUUCUUUGAAUAUGGAAGCCGAGGCACAGCGAUUGGAGGGUGCUGUACGAAAUGUAUUAGAUUCUGGGAUCCGGACGCCUGAUUUGAGAGGACAGGCAGGCACCCAGGAGGUUGGCGAUGCAGUUUUAGCAGCACUUUAG